AUUCAAGCCAUACAUACAUAGUAAUGAGGCGUAGGAAAACCCUUUUUAACUAGAAUUGGAAGUGUUCAAAUAAGUAGUUGUGUCUUAAUAUUUGAGUAGAGGGCGCCACCUUCAAACAACAGAAAAUCAAAUACUUGGUUUAUACAUGUAGAAAUUAUCCUGAAGAUAUAAUGUAUCAUGUAUAUACGUGGUGAAUUACAGUGGAACCUGAGUUGUUAGAGAGGCUGUCUAAUAAUUUAAGUGAAUAAUUACGAAUGGCAUUGAAUCAUGGAAACACAUCUGAAAAUUCUCUCUGUGGGAAAGACAAAUGGUUUAAUCCAUAUGAGGUAUUUAUGGUGUCUCCAACAAGUGUCUUUAUUCUUCAUGUUAAAGUUAUAGAAGGUGUUGAUAUUACUAAAGGAAUGCUUGGUGACCUUAUUGAUACACCAGAUCCCUAUGUUGUUCUUCGUGUUCCACAUACUCCAAAUGGAAAGAAACAAACCAGAUGGAAACUAAACACAGUUAACCCAUCUUGGGAUGAAUCUUUCACUUUUGUUGUGGAUCCAGAGAAAGAUCGAAUUUUGGAGGUGAUGCUGAAAGACUACAACUAUGUGUAUUAUGAUGGAAUCAUUGGAACUAAAGAAGUAGACAUUAGUACUUUGCAGUUAAAUAAAGCAGUAAACCUUAUUGUUUCUUUUCCUAAGGCUGGAGAAAUCAAGCUUUACCUAAAACUAGAGCUGAACACUCAACCUGAUCUGAGAUAUGGGACUAGUUUGUGUAAUGGUGAACUGGAGUUCUUGAAACAUCGAAAACAAAAAGUUCUAAAAGGUCUACAGUCAUUCUUAAAAGAAGAUAUUGUAGAUGAUGAAGAUGAGACUCCAGUGAUUGCUGUUAUGGGUUCUGGAGGAGGAUUUCGUGCACUUACUUGCCUCAGUGGUGUCUUCAAAGGGCUCUCAGAAACUGGUAUUUUAGACUGUGUGACAUAUGUAGCUGGAUUGUCUGGCUCUGCCUGGUAUCUCUCAACUUUAUAUAGUCAUUCUAAGUUUCCUGUUGAAGGCCCUGGUCACAUUCAAGAAGAAUUAAAACGUAAUAUAGGUCAAAGUCCAUUUCGACUUCUUGGGCCUCGUCGAUUCUUCCCCUAUGUAAAUAGUAUCUUGACAAAAUACAGAAAUGGUCAGCCUGUCAGUUUCACAGAUUUUUUUGGUCAUCUUCUUGGUGACACUCUAUUAAAAGAUAACACAGCAGAAAAAAAGAAAAAAUUGUCAGACCAACAGGCAAAGAUUGAUGCUGGACAAAGCCCAUUACCUCUGUAUACCUGUCUUCAUGUGAAGAAGGAUAUUGCUGCCCCUGUGUACCAUGAAUGGUUAGAAUUCUCUCCUUAUGAAGUGGGUAUUGCCAAGUACGGAACAUUUAUGAAAACUGAGCAUUUUGGGUGUAAAUUUUACAAAGGAAAAAUCAUCAAAUUUUUUGAGGAACAACCUCUUCAUUAUCUCCAAGGAGUUUGGGGAAGUGCUUUCACCAUUCUUUUUAAGCGACUCAUACAGAACAAGACUAGGAUUGGUAACUUUCUGUCUUCCAAAACCGAAGAAGACACAGUCGAUACUACUAACACUGUUCAGCAGAAUGCAACUCAAAUUAAAAACUAUAAUGCUGAAGAAGAGGAGGAACAGUUGCGGGAUUGCCUUGAACAACUUGCUGUAGCACAAAGUGAAGAAGCAGAUGAUGAGGAGUCUUCAGACUCUGAGGAUGAGACAGACAAGUCUGAUGGUAAUAUCACUAAGUCAAAGGAGAAAGAUGGAUAUAUGAAAAUAGCUUUUAAGCAAAUGAUUGACUCCAUCUGCAGCAGCUCAGUUUUCAACAACAGACGUGGACGGGCAGGAAUGAUUCUGAACCCUCUCUUAGGACUAGUCCUCAUUCCAAUGAGAGAGUUCUCUCCCAUUUCCCCAAUCACACCUAGUGAUGAUCAGUGGUAUAAAGGAAUUAACCAGCCUGCCAACACACAAACUAAGUCUCUUUAUUUGGUUGAUGGAGGUCUGACCUUUAACCUUCCUUUUCCUCUGUUGCUGAGACCUCCUAGAAAUGUGAAAAUUAUCCUGACCUUCGAUUUCAGUGGUCGUCCAUCUGAUGAUACACAUCCAUUUAAGGAACUAUUAAGAUCUGAACAGUGGGCUCAGAGGAAUGGCCUUCUGUUUCCACCCAUUAAAGACCAUGUUGAGCAACUGAUUAAAGAACCAAUAAGAGAAUGUUACUUGUUUGAAGAUCCAAAUAACAGUUCUUGUCCUAUCAUUAUUCAUUUUCCUCUGGUGAAUGUAAACUUUCGAAGAUUCAAAGAACCAGGACUCAAACAUGUGACAGAUGAAGAAAAAAAAUUUGCAGACUUUGAUAUCUUUAGUGAUCCUAGCACACCAUAUAGCAUCUAUAAUUUUUCUUACAAACCACUCCAGUUUGACCGGCUCUCUAAACUGAUGGAAUUCAACCUUCUAAACAAUCUUCACAUCGUCAGAGAUGCCAUUGUAAAAGUAGUAAAAAGACAAAAGCAGUCUUCUCUGAAACUCCAGGUGAAGUUAAAGAACUCGAAAACUACGUGAAAAAUUUUUGAUCAAAAAUCAAUUUUCAUCAGUAUUUCAAAAAUGACAGAAAAAAAACUAGUUAUUAAUGACUACUUCCUAAGAAUACUUCAGAAUAGGAAAUUUUGUUUAUAGAAUUGCAAUUUGUUUUUAUAAGAUGCUUAGAAUUUUAUUUGUUAGGAUAUUUAACAAAUGUGUAGAACCUUCAGUAUUUUUUUUGUAUAAUUCUCGAUUGUUUUGUUCUUUCAUGUUAGUGAUUAUUUAUCUCAGGUUUUAAGUCACACUGAAGUUUAUUGUAGUAUUGAAUAUGCUACUUAUCAGGUAAAAAUGUAAAAUAAAUAUUAUUCAGUGCACUUAUGGCAAUGCAGCUUCUAUUUAAGAUAAAUAUUUCUUUAAUGAGCCAAGUAAAAACUUUCAGCCAUGACAAUCGUUUAUCCAUUUAUACACAAGUUAAUAUUUUUAUUAUAGUUGAAUUAUCUUAUAAAGACAAUUUUAAUAUAAUAAUUUUGAAUACACUAACGAAAACACCAAGGUGUUUUUAGAAUAUGUAUAUCAAGUGAUUGCUGGGUUAUGUGAAGAAAACCAAAUCAUGGAGUUACUGCUUGUUGUAGAACUGAUGUCAGUCCCAAAAUUUGUUUCCCAUAUUUUUGUUAUUUCAGUAUGCAUGUACAUUAU